AAAGCUUUGGUUUGAAUCGUUAUGACUGGUUGUUCUAACAGAGGGCGCCAUUUCGUGUUGUUUACACACUUGUUCAGUGAACAGUACCAUCGUUGCUCUCUGCUCUUACAUCUUUUACCUCAGAAUAAGGACUUGUUGCGCUGGUUUGGCAUGUGCCAGAAUGUGUGGGAGAACAGCUUGCACUCUUGCGCCGAAUGAGCUCAGUCAUGCGGCUCACUAUCGGGACAGGACAGGACAACCACACAGGCCCCGAUGGAAGGACGGAGACGCUGACAAAUACCGGCCAUCAUACAACAAGAGUCCUCAGUCCUUCAGCCCUGUACUGCUGUCCAACAGACACUUCAACAAGGAUGCCCCGGUGGAUGAGUGUGUGUUGGCAGCGAUGCGCUGGGGUCUCGUCCCGGCGUGGUUCAGAGAGAAUGACCCCAGUAAGAUGCAGUACAACACCUCUAACUGUCGCAGUGAGAGCCUGCUAGAAAAGAAGUCUUACAAGGAUCCUCUUCUGAAAGGACAGCGCUGUGUCAUUCUAGCCGAUGGCUUCUAUGAAUGGAGGCGAACGGAGAAAGAGAAACAGCCUUUCUUCAUUUACUUCCCUCAAAGCCAAGGAGGUCAAGUGCCUAGUCAACAAAAUAUACAGAAAACAAAAAGUGACCAAAGUUUGGACCAAGGAGAGAGUGAUCAGGACGAUAGUAACUGGACAGGGUGGCGUCUGCUGACAAUAGCAGGGCUCUUUGACUCCUGGACUCCUCCUUGUGGUGGAGAGACGUUGUAUACUUACACUGUUAUUACUGUAGACUCCUGUCCGAAUCUUCAAAGCAUCCAUGACAGGAUGCCGGCUGUGCUGGACGGAGAGGAUGAGGUAAGACGGUGGUUAGACUUUGGAGAAGUAAAGUCACUGGAAGCAAUGAAAUUACUGCAGCCAAAGUCCUCCUUAACCUUUCACCCCGUCUCCUCAUUGGUCAACAUCCGCAACAACUCCCCAGAGUGUCUGCAGCCUGUAGACCCCACAGUUAAGAAGACCGUUCAACCUACAGCCAGCAGUAAAAUGAUGAUGAGCUGGCUGAAAACUGCCUCGCCCACUAAGAGGAAGAAUCCUGAUGAAGACACUUCAGCUAAAGCACCUGAAGAAAAGCCUGCAGCAGAGAAGCAAACCAAGCCGGCUGGGCCUCUCCAGCAGUGGCUGCUGGGAUCGGGUUCCAGCAAGAAACCAAGAACUUGAAAACAGAAUCACCAUG